GCAAUUUUUAUCGCGCGGUAGUAGUCACCCAGAAGUAAAUAGCCCUUCCCUCACAUCCCCUUUUCUUCGUAAUACCGUUUUUUACUCAGUUGAAAGAUGCCUAGUGUUGACUGGAAGAAUCUCCCCGAAAACGAAGAAGAUAUCAACUUUGACGAUAUUUAUGAGAAGCAUAAAGUUGUUUCUGACAGUGACUUUGACCAUAUCGUUGUAGUUGAUGGCGCACCCAUCGUUGACGAAGCAAAGGAGGAAAAAUUGGUUGCUGUCCUCACCAAAUUAUUUACAAAAGGUGCUGGUGAGAUCAAAGAAAACGGCUUUUGGAUGCCCAUGACUACCAAUGAGGAAGGAAAGAAGACUAGCUUAGGUUACCUCUUCAUUGAAUUUAAAUCAGCUGAAUCAGCACAUGCCGCCGUUAAAAAUUUGGAUGGCCAUAAACUCAGUAAAACGGUAACACUCUCUGUCAACAAAUUCACCGAUGUCGAGAAAUACACAGACAUGAAUGAACAAUAUGUUGAACCUGAAAUCGAGCCUUACACACCUAAAGAACAUUUGAAGAGUUACUUGAUGGAUCCUCAAGCACGCGAUCAAUUUGUCAUGUACAAAGGAGACGAUGUUUCCAUUUUCUGGAACAGAAAGACUGAAUCUCCUGAACAUGUUUAUUCCAGAACUAACUGGACCGAGACUUAUGUACAAUGGUCCCCUAAAGGUUCAUAUCUCGCUACAUUCCAUACACAGGGCAUUGCACUCUGGGGUGGUCCUUCUUGGAACAAGAUUGUUCGUUUUGUUCACCCGGGUGUCAAGUUGAUCGAUUUCUCUCCUAAUGAGCGCUAUCUUGUCACUUGGUCUAAUGAACCUAUUUCAUUAGCGAGAUUGCCUGAAACCGGCCAUCCUUAUUCAGAUUAUGACGAAGGUAAUCAAGUUGUUGUUUGGGAUAUCAAAACGGGUGAUUUGCUCCGUAGUUUCCCUCUCGUACAAACUUCAGAAGAACAAAAGACCGUUCGCUGGCCAAUGUUCAAAUAUUUUGCUCGUGUUGUGCCUGGCCAGCAAUUAUCUGUUUACGAAGCUCCCUCUAUGGGUUUGGUCGGAAAGAAGUCUAUCAAGAGUCCUGGUAUCGUCGACUUUGAAUGGUCUCCUGCAAAGUCUGGCGCUUCUGACGUAAAGGUUCCAAACAAGGAAGAUAUUUUGGCUUAUUGGACUCCUGAAAUUGGUAACCAACCUGCUCGUGUUGUCAUGAUGUCCAUUCCCUCGAAAGAAAUUCUUGCUACCAAGAACUUGUUCAACGUCUCCGAAUGUAAGUUAUAUUGGCAAAAUCUUGGCCAAUUCUUGGCUGUCAAGGUGGAUCGUUAUACCAAGACCAAGAAGUCUACUUUCGCCAACAUUGAAAUUUUCCGUGUCAACCAAAAGAAUAUUCCUGUUGAAACCAUUGAAAUGAAGGAUCCUAUGAUUGCCUUUGCCUGGGAACCUUAUGGCACCCGUUUCGCUUGUAUUACUACCAAUGACCCCAACUUUGGUACAGCUCCUGCCAACGGUCAAGCAGCUGUUACCCUCAAGACCGAUGUCCAAUUCUUCUAUCUCGAUGAUUCUAAGAAGGCCAAUGCAGGCUUCAAAUUGAUGAUGUCGAUACCUAAGAAGACUUCUAACUAUCUCUUCUGGUCUCCCAGAGGUCACCAUAUUGUCUUGGCCACACUACGUUCCUCCUCAGUUUCUGAUCUCGAAUUUUACGAUAUUGAUUUCGAACCUCUCAGCAGCGAUAAAAAGAACAAAAAGGUUGGCUCUACUAUUCAGCUUUUGGCCACACAAGAACACUACGGCGUCAGCGACGUAGAGUGGGAUCCUACGGGUCGUUACGUUGUUACAGCUGCCAGUAUGUGGCGUCAAUCUUCUGCUGAUCAUGGCUUCUGUAUUUGGGAUUUCAAGGGUCAACUCUUAUUCAAGCAAAAUAUCGAAAACUUCAAGCAGCUCUUAUGGCGUCCUCGUCCUCCUAGCCUCUUAUCUCAAGAGGAAAAGAAAAAGAUCAAGAAGAACCUCCGUCAAUACUCUAAACAAUUCGAAGAGGAGGAUCUUGCCAUGGGUGAUGCUAACGCCGCUAAACUCCGUGCUGAGCGUAGAAAGGCCGUUGAAGAAUGGUAUGCAUGGAGAAAGGCAACUGAGCGUCAAUUGGAGGAAGAACGUAAGGCUAUGGGUAAGGAACUUCAAACAACCGAUGAAGGCAAAUCUGAAGUGGUCGAAGAAUGGGUUGAAGAAGUUAUUGAAGAACAUGAAGAGAUCGUUGGAUAAGAGUUUUUGUAGUAUACUUUAUAUUUUUCUGUUUUUUAUAUUUUUCACCCAUUUCCCAUUUAGUAAUAAAACCAUUUGCAACCUUAAGCAACAAGAUAGACAUUGUAUAAAAAGAAAAAAAAAAAAAUAUACUUUUUAAAAAGAAUUUUAUUCAAAAGGGC